UACCGUUGUUUUACUGCACUAGCGCAUCACUCGUAUGAAAGACAAAACUGUUAUCUAACUUACCCACGACACAGCUAGCUGCCACAUUCAGGUUUAGUUUAUCUAACUUAGUCACAUUAAUAUAUAACACACGCCGAAAGGAAUAAAUGUUGCUAUUGCUAGCUAACAGCAACUUUGGGUAGUAAUAACGUCAACGUUAGCUUGUCUGUCUGGCUUUUUAUAUUACAACCUCAUAAUAUAUGGUCACAACGCAGUUUUAGACAGACUGGUCACCUCUAAUGACAAGCACGUAACAACAAACAAGUAGUCAACCGAAAAUAGAGAUGAACUGCCAGUGCGAUCACACCCUUCCAUUGAGGGUGUUGGUGACAGGAGGGUCCGGCUUGGUGGGCAGGGCCAUACAGCAUGUGGUCAAAGAGGAAGGUGGAGCCAAGGAGGGGGAAGAAUGGAUAUUCCUCUCCUCAAAAGAUGCCAACCUCAUGAACAUGGAGGAGACACGAGCAGUGUUUGAAAAACAUCGGCCAACUCACGUCAUUCACCUGGCUGCUAUGGUUGGGGGGCUUUUCAAAAACAUGAAGUACAACCUGGACUUUUGGAGAAACAAUAUCUACAUCAAUGAUAACGUGCUGCAGGCAGCACAUGAAGUUGGCACAGUCAAGGUUGUUUCCUGCCUAUCCACCUGCAUUUUUCCUGACAAGACCACCUACCCUAUCGAUGAGACCAUGAUCCACAACGGUCCACCUCAUGAGUCGAACUUUGGCUAUGCAUAUGCAAAGAGAAUGAUUGAUGUUCAUAACAGGGCGUAUUUUCAGCAGCAUGGGCGUUGCAAUACGGCCGUGAUUCCCACUAAUGUGUUUGGCCCCCAUGACAACUUCAGCAUUGAGGACGGUCAUGUGCUGCCAGGCCUUAUACACAAAGCAUACAUUGCUCAAAAGGAGGGGAAGCCCCUUGUGGUCUGGGGCUCUGGCACUCCCAGAAGACAGUUCAUUUACUCUUUGGACCUGGCUCGUCUCUUCCUGUGGGUCUUGAGAGAGUAUCCAGAGGUCGAUCCAGUCAUUCUCUCCGUUGGAGAGGAAGAUGAAGUGUCCAUCAAAGAAGCAGCGGAAGCAGUUGUGGAAGCAUUGGACUUCAAAGGAGAAGUUGUUUUUGAUACCAGUAAAGCAGACGGCCAGUUCAAAAAGACAGCCAGUAAUGCAAAGUUGCACCGCUACCUGCCGGACUUCACCUUCACACCCUUCAAACAAGCUUUAAAGGAAACCUGUGAUUGGUUUGUUGCAAAUUAUGACUCAGCCCGGAAGUGAAACCUCUGCCGAAGAAGUUGGUCCAUGGCCCUGUCUGUUGGAAGAGAAGGUGGUGGUGAUGGUAGAGAGGAGAAGGCUGGACGAAAACAAGGUGAUUCAUCUGCACAAGUAGAUGAAUGUUAGUGAAUGAAGUGCGUCUGUGCAGUCAUUGAGCUGGUCUGAACCUUACUUUCAAUUCAAGUCUGCAACACAAUAGCAUUAUGUUGUUGCACACUUGUUUCUCUUGAGGUUUAAUAAACUAUAUUGUUAUUGUAUACUUUCUAUUCUACUACCUGUAUGUAGAAUUUUGUUCACUACGGUAGUGUUAAUUGAAUUGUUGCUGUAACUGCUUCAAUCUUGGAUUCCAGGUGCUGGUACAAUUUACAGAUUUUAGUAACUGGCCCUAGUAUAAAUCUUUUUCAGCAGUUUUCAUUACUGAGUUACCUUCAUUCUUGAAGGUUUUGGAAUUUAUAAGGUUAGAAUCACGUGUCCUUGAUUCACUUUAUUUAAUAAACAGUACAUUCUUCUGUUUAA